AUGCAUCCUUGUUUGCUUCUCACUUGUGUUCUGCCCUUGACCCCCUGUGCCUUUCCUCCUGCCCUUGCCCCCUGUGCCUUUCCUCCUGCCCUUGCCCCCUGUGCCUUUCCUCCUGCCCUUGCCCCCUGUGCCUUUCCUCCUGCCCUUGCCCCCUGUGCCUUUCCUCCUGCCCUUGCCCCCUGUGCCUUUCCUCCUGCCCUUGCCCCCUGUGCCUUUCCUCCUGCCCUUGCCCCCUGUGCCUUUCCUCCUGCCCUUGCCGCCUGUGCCUUUCCUCCUGCCCUUGCCCCCUGUGCCUUUCCUCCUGCCCUUGCCGCCUGUGCCUUUCCUCCUGCCCUUGCCCCCUGCAUCUCUCCUCCCGCUCUCGCGUCCUCUCCAACUCCCGUCCUCCUCUCUCUCCCCCACUUCCAGGCCCAUGGCGUCGACCAGGCUCAAGAAACGCCAGCCGCACUCCCAUGGGCCAUGGACCACAUUCACGAGUAUGGGGGCGACCCCUCACGCAUUGUCAACCCCCCAUCUCUCAUACACGCCCCCACCUCUUCUCCUCACUUCGCCCUGCUACUGCCCUCCAGGUCAUUGCCAUCCACCAAGUACACGAAACGUCCAGGGCGCUCUCAUGGGCCAUACACGCCAUGCCACCUCCCUCCCCACCACUUCUUCUCUGCUCUUCGCCCUACUGACCAACAGGUCAUUGCCAUCCACCAAGUACACGAAACGUCCAGGGCGCUCUCAUGGGCAAUGGACCACAUUCACGAGUAUGGGGGCGACCCCUCGCGCAUCUUCCUCACAGGCCACUCCUCAGGCGCCCACGUCUGCUCCAUGGUUGUGUGGCGCCGCCUCAGGUCUGCCCUCCGCCGCAUGUUCCAGGCGCAUGGCAAGGAUGUAGCAUCGUCAGCAGCAGCACCAACGGCUGUAGCAGAGGCUGACAGCAGCAGUGUCAGCAGCAGCGCCAGCAGGGAGGGAGAAUCGCCACAGCCCGCCGUCAAGGGACACUCUCUCAAGGGAGAGGACAAGGGAGAGGACAAGGGAGAGGACAAGGGAGAGGAGCUGAAGGGAGAGGAGCUGAAGGGAGAGGAGCUGAAGGGAGAGGACCUCUGGUCUCCAGGCGAACCUUUGAGGCGCGUCAAAAGUGACCUCUGGUCUAUAGGCGAGCCUUUGAGGCCUCUCACGGGAGAGGACCUCUGGUCUAUAGGCGAAUCUGAUCUGAGGCAGCCCUACUGUUUCCUGGGAAUGAGCGGUGUGUACGAUAUAGCCCACCACCAGCGGUACGAGCAGAACCGGGGCGUGGUCGCUCUCUCUCUCAUGACGCCUGCUAUCGGCGGGCCGGCACGGUUCGUCUCAUCCUCGCCUGCUCUGCUGUUUGAUGCUCUCGCGUCCGCCGCGGAUGAUGCUGCCGCCGCUGCUGCUGAGGCUGUAGCUGCAGGUGCUAUUGGUGGUGCUAUUGGUGGUGCUGUUGGUGAUGCUGCUGGUGAUGCCUCUGCUGCUGCUGCUGCAUUGUUCGGCGCGUCGUUUGACUGCCCGAAGAGUCCUUUCUUGUCUGCCACUGCUGCUCCUACUGCUGCUGCUUCUGCCCCGUCCGCCCCUUCCACCUCUGCUCCUUUCAUUCCUGUGACUCCCUCUGCCUCUGCCUCUGCCUCUGCCUCUGCCUCUGCCUCUGCUGUUGCUAGAAGCAGGGCACUCGAGCAGCUGGCAGCAGCCAGCGCUGCUGCUGCUGCCUCCCUCAGGCCCUCCCUCUCUGCCGCCCUCAAAUCCGCGUCACCCCGCUCAUUUGCCACGUCAGCUGGUCCCAACGCCACGUCAGAGGGUCCAAACGCCUCGUCAUCGGAGGGUCCAGUGAAAUUAUUAGGUAACUCUGAUGAAGGAAUCACCAACCGCCAACCAGCUGCUGCCAAGUCCUCAUCAGUAUCGUCCUUGUCAGUAGGAGGAGCAAGAGCAGCAGGAGCAGCAGGUGUAAGGAGUGAACAGGCAGCAAGAGCAGCAAGAGUAGCAGGAGCAACAGGUGUAAGGAGUGAAAUGGGAGGUGAAAGUGAUGCUGGUAUGCAUGUGACCAGUACAGAAAGGGGAAGCGCAAUCUCAGGAGGAGGAAAUCCCACCUCUGUUGCAGAUGCAGUCAACAGAGCGACAUCAAAAGAAGCAGCGAAGCAGGCCCUUCGAUCCCACCUCCUCAACUCGUCACCUUUCAAGCAACGGGUAGGUGCCGCACCAACUGAUGCCACACCAACUGAUGCCACACCAGCUUCCACCAUGCCACCUCCAACGCCAUCCUUGCCUGCUUCUUCGCCUCUCCAACCAGCCCAAGAGUUCACCGUCCCUCCGCCCUUCUCCGUCUCCUCCUCUUACACAGCAGCAGCAGCAGCAGCAGCAGCAGCGGUGGCAGCAGCUCCCACAGGCACACCUUCAGAAAACGCCUCGUCUCCUUCUUCCGAUCAAGAAGCAUCCUCCUCUCAAGAGGCAGACCCCCUCUCCUCUGAUUGCUUCUCCUCCAGGUUCCUCGCCCCGUCGCCGCCCCCUCCUCUCGACAUUCUCAGGCAGGAGCUGGGAGGGGGUGUUGCUGAAGCUGUUGUGGCUGCUCUUGCUUCAGGACAGCUGAGCCUGCUCUCCUCACCCCCAUCCUCCUCUCCCUCUCCGUCCUCCUCUUCCUCCUUCUCCUCCUCGUCUUCCUCCUCCUUUCCUCCCUCUUCAACCCCCCCCUCCUCUGCUUCUCCAUUUCCCUCUUCUCCCUCCCCUCCCUCCUCCACGCUUCUCCUCCCCAUCAUCCUCCUUCAGUGCAGUACUGCCGACUCUAUAGUCCCCACCGAAACAUCUCUCUUUCUCAUCCGCUCGCUUCACCACCUCAACUCCUUCCUUCUCCCCUCGCCUCCUCCCAACCAGCUCAAGUUUGGGGGAGAGGGGGGCAGAUCGGUGGAUGAAAAAACUGACAGGAGGGGAACAGGGGAGGGAGCAGGAGGAGCAGGAGUAGGAGAAGGGGGAGUGGGGAUUCGUGCAAAGGCUUUGGUUUAUGAUGACGUUGGUCAUUCGGCUUUUGCGUGCUGGGCCGUGAGAGGCAAGAGGAGAGGGAGAAGGGACGGAGAGGGGGGUGGAGGAGGGGGGGUUGUGAAGGGUGGAGUGCGGGAUGGGGUGAGCGAUGGGGAGGUGGGGGGGGGAGGGAAGGAGGAGGAAGGGGAGUGGAAGGGAGGGAUGUUAAUGAGAAGCAAGAGCACGAGGAAACUGAGUCAACUGAGUCAACAGAGUCAACGAGAGGGAGGAGAUGGCGGGGCAGAGACCGCGGAUGGGGAGGAGAGGGAGGAAGUGGCGGGGCAGGUCGCAGUGAGGGUUGCCAGGGAAGGGGCGGUAUUGGAAGCCAGCGGAGAAGGAGCAGCGGCUGCUGAAGAAAGGGCAGCAGAGAUCGCAGAGGCGGCAAAUGGGGCGGCGGCCGCCGCACCAGAUGGGGUUGCAGCUGAAGCUACAGCAGGGGCGGUAGAAGCCAGAGCUGGGGUAGUAGAGGCCACAACUGGGGCAGAAGAGGCCCUAAUAGGGGCGGCAGAGACCGCAGAUGGAGCGGCAUGGGCCGCAGGAGAGGCUGGCAGCAAAGAGCCAACAUGGGGUGCGGGCGCAGCGGGCAUGGGGGCGUCAGGGGUGGGAGAGAGGGGGAGGCCCUCCUCGAGAGGGCAGGGCAUUCAGAGAGUGCACACAUCCGCGCCCCGCACCUUUUAA